CGCGAGUCGGAAUGGAGGUGGAAUUUUCCUCCUCCAUACUGGACGAUCCAUUCGUUCGCGCGUUUGUUUGGAUUGCCUCUUCUUCCUCCCGUCUACGACUACUUCUUCACGAACGGCCUCCUCUUCAACGAUCAGGAGAACCUUAACCAUAGCCGCCGCGUGAUGAUUAAUGGCCGGUGGUGGUGGUGGUUUACUUGGAGUAGGAGGGUGGUGCGACGAAAUCAGCCGCCGCCGUCGCCGUCGCCGCCACCAGCGGACGAAGACGUAUUACCGUUCGAAGAGUACCCGCCGCCAUCGUCCGACGAAGAGGAGGAGGAGGAGAUCAACCACCCCACGCCACAGACCUCCAACGAGGCGGCUGACAGGCGCCCUGGAUUACUCCCGGCCUCGCGCAAGGCCAUACAGGGCCUGCGUGAGGUGACGGCGGCCGGCGCGGGAGAAGACGAGUGCGCCGUGUGCCUGCAGGAUUUCGAGGCGGGCGACAAGCUCAGGAUGAUGCCCUGCUGCCACACCUUCCACCAGCGCUGCAUCUUCGACUGGCUCCGCCUCAGCUGCAUCUGUCCUCUCUGCCGCCACACUCUGCCCACGCAGAAUGUGGAGGACGACAGGCUUGGGCGCGCUGCCCACACAGUGGCAGGAUCAACCGGCUGAUGAACCAGCCGAAAAGGCUUCUAAUUUUGUUCCAGUUCACCUGCUAGAAAUCAUUAGCAGUAAGCAGAUAGGUGAUUUCUCUGUUCCAACAUUUAUCUUCCCAUGAAUGUAAAUCUACGAAGCAUGUUGCUGUGACGGUCUACUCCAGAUGAGCAGUACUCUGAGGCAUGUUAUUUAUCUUCUCUACUGAAUGUCAAAACUAUAAGUGCAAUGCCAUGUUUAUUUCAUCUCUCUUUGUUGUUAGCUGUAACCA